CUGAGGAGUUUGACAUCGGUGGACCCCGUUAGCUAAAUCACCGGAUACCGGCUUUACACUUUACAUGGAGCCCUGGAACAGCUGUCCUAGCGUUGAGUCGUAGCUGACAACUGUCUUGAUUUAAUGGAUUAACUUCGGUGUUAAUCUGACAGCAUUAGCUUGUCUUUUGCUGUCGCUAAGUUAGUUAGCUAGCCAGUUAGCUAACUGUAGCGCAUAAGCUAGCGUGACUAACGUUACGUCCGCAGGAUAACAUUCUGCCUUGGAGGAAGGAAGGGAGGAAAUUGAUAAGUAGGAUCACUGCGCACCGCUGUUUAUGCAAAGCUAGCACACUUUUUGCUCUCCCGAGUUCACGCACUGUGACGCAUUUAGAAAAGGUGACUAUCUGUGCACCCCGUGUGACAUUUAACACCGUUUGGUUAAUAAGAUUGCUGUUAGUUGGCACAGCUAGCUGUCAACGACAACAGCCUUCUUGGUUAGCUGAGUAGCGGACGAGAGCUAGCAGGCUAGCCACAAACUUUUAAAGAAGUUGUGUAAGUCAGAUUCAGCUCUCUGGCUGGUUUAGGCUAACAAUUAAACCGGUGUUUUAGCUUCUCUUUGUCGGACUUUUCCCACUCUGAGCCGCUCUAACUUUGGAGCGACAGGAGAAGCUCAUGGCAUCGGAUGUGAUUGAGAGUGAAGCGGUGCUGAAGAGUGUAAGUGAUAUGAAUUUGAACAAUAGCAGCCCAGAUUUCGGCACACCCAGCAGGACUCAUGAGGAGCUGGGAAACAGACACACGUCUAGCCCGUCAUCUUCGGGAGUGUCAGGAGAAGGUGACGAGGAGGAACUAGAGGAGUUGGAAAACAGCACCGCGUCUACAAUUGAAAAUGGCGAAGAGGCACUUCAAGAGAGUCUAACCAAAACAAGAGGUACGCCACAGGAAAGGACAAAUCCAGACAAUGAGCAGACACAGCCGGGAGCAACAAGCUCUACCCCGGUGAGCCUUCCCCAGCCACGCUCACCUCCUGGACCCAUUGGAAGCCUGGAGCGCCAAGAGUCAGUCGCCACGACAGAAGCUCGCCUAAGAAUGGAAGGAGUCGAACUGAAGGAGGAGUGGCAGGAUGAGGACUUUCCACGGCCUAUCGUUCUCACAAACAGUUAUGCCACUGAUGAUUUGACAUCUACCCUAGGCUAUGCAAUGGACCAUGGCAAGAAGGCAAAGAAGAAGCUUGCAGCUCCAGACAUCAGUCUUACACUGGACCGCAGCGAAGGUUCUCUUCUGUCUGAUGAGCUGGAUGAAAGCACAGAGCUGGACCUCGAUGACAUAGACACACCUUCAGACAACAGCAAUGAGUUUGAAUGGGAAGACGAUCUCCCCAAGCCGAAAACUACAGAACUACUGCAGAAGGGCGUGGAGUCAGUGCAGGAGUACUCCGCCGCGGAUGAGAGAGAGGAGGGACGACGCUGGAGGGUGUUUCGUAUCGGAGACCAGGAGCACAGAGUGGACAUGAAGGCCAUUGAACCUUACAAGAGGGUUAUCAGCCAUGGAGGUUACUAUGGAGAUGGCCUGAAUGCCAUAAUUGUGUUUGCUGUGUGCUUUAUGCCUGAGAGCAAUCAACCAAAUUACAGAUACAUCAUGGACAAUUUAUUCAAAUAUGUCAUCGGCACACUGGAGCUUUUGGUCGCAGAGAACUAUAUGAUUGUGUAUUUGAACGGGGCAACCUCUCGGAAAAAGAUGCCGACCGUCGGCUGGCUCAGAAAGUGUUAUCAGCAGAUUGAUAGGAGGUUAAGGAAGAACUUGAAGUCUUUGAUAAUUGUCCAUCCCUCUUGGUUUAUUCGUACCCUGCUGGCACUCACAAAACCUUUCAUAAGCUCCAAAUUUAGUCAGAAAAUCAAGUAUGUGUUCAGCUUGACAGACCUCGCAGAACUAGUUCCAAUGGAGUAUGUGUCCAUACCAGAUUGUAUCAAACAGUUUGAUGACGAAAAAAAUAGGAAAAGCCGUAAAAGAAUCGACCAGGACAUGCACGGCAAAGUGGAGGUCGCAGCUGCUGCUGUUCCAGAGUGACCCUGCUCGCACUGCAUGAUGUGGAGGCGGAGAAUAUUUUCCAGCAGCCACUCUUUAUGUUUAUGUUCUGGGCAACGUGACUGAAGCGCUUCACAUCAAGAAAGUGCCUUUUUAAAACUGUGCUGCCUGUUACAUUGUGGAACUUUUUACAAGCUUGAUCUUCAGCAUUUUUUUCCCAAAUGCUGGCUGAAAUGUUUUUAAUCUUUUCUUUAAUUUUUUUUUUUUUUUAUCUACUGCUGGUAUAUCAUGUCAAACUUAGUUACUUAUUGGUGUUCCCUAGUUCCUGGUGUAAUCUACACGUUAUUUAAGGCACUCUGUUACAAAUGGUUGAUGCAUGUUCUGCUUUAUUACAUUUAAAUAUAUAUUUAUAUUCAAAAGGUGACAAAGGAGAAAAAUUAAUAUAUUUUUAUGGUUGCUCUGAUUUUUAAACUGCAUUUUAGGUUUCUGACCAGUCGAGUGGCAUUUCAUAGAACAAGUUUUUGACAGCACCUUUUUUUUUUUUUUUCACUGUUCACUGCUGACGAUCUCAAUCAAAAUCCUGCCUGGGGGGAAUAUUGUUUAAUGUUUUACCUCUCACCUGAAUGUGCCCUCUGACUCGUGGAGGGGAAACAUUUGUGAGAGCAACAAUCUGAAGCAAAGAUGUUAGGUAUUAAUGUUACAUUUUCUCCAAGUAAAGUCAUGGAUCCACA